UUUCACCAGUACAAGGAGUUUGUUCCAGUGUCAAAACUCUCAUUUCUAAAAAAUAUAGGAAUGACUUUAUCUAUUCUUCAUUACUCACACAACAACAAAAAGCAAUCACAUGGGAAAAACCUUACAAAUGUAAUGAAUGUGACAAGGUUUUCAGUCAUCUUUCAGGACUUGUAAGUCAUCAGGUAAUCCAUACUGGAGAAAAACCUUAUAAAUGUAAUGAAUGCAGCAAGGUCUUCAGUUAUCCUUCAAGCCUUACAUAUCAUCGGAGAGUUCAUACUGGAAAGAAACCUUACAAGUGUAAUGAAUGUGGCAAAGUCUUUACUCAAAAUUCACAUCUUGCAAAUCAUCGGAGAAUUCAUACUGGAAAAAAACCUUACAAAUGUGAUGAAUGUGGCAAGGUCUUCAGUCAGUCUUCAAGUCUAGAAAUUCAUCAUAGAAUUCAUACGGGAGAAAAACAUUACAAAUGUGAUGAAUGUGGCAAGGUCUUCAGUCAGUCUUCAAGUCUAGAAAUUCAUCAUAGAAUUCAUACGGGAGAAAAACCUUACAAAUGUGAUGAAUGUGGCAAGGUCUUCAGUCAGUCUUCAAGUCUAGAAAUUCAUCAUAGAAUUCAUACGGGAGAAAAACCUUACAAAUGUGAUGAAUGUGGCAAGGUCUUCACUCGAAAUUCACAUCUUGCAAAGCAUUGGAGAAUUCAUACUGGAGAGAAACCUUACAAGUGUAAUGAGUGUGGCAAGGCCUUUCAUACAGAUUCAAAGCUAACUAUCCAUCAGGUAAUCCAUACUGGAGAAAAACCUUAUAAGUGUAAUGAAUGUGGCAAGGUCUUCAGGUAUCCUUCAAGCCUUACAAAUCAUCGGAGAGUUCAUACUGGAAAGAAACCUUACAAAUGUAAUGAGUGUGGCAAAGUCUUUACUCAAAGUUCACAGCUUGCAAUUCAUCGUAGAAUUCAUACCGGAGAAAAACCUUACAAGUGUAGUGAGUGUGGCAAGGUCUUUACUCAAAGUGCGAAUCUUGCUCGUCAUCGUAGAAUUCAUACUGGAGAAAAACCUUCCAAGUGUAGUUAGUGUGACAAAGCCUUUGGUGUGCGUUCAAGCCUAACUGCCCAUCAGGCAAUCCAUACUGGAGUGAAACUAUAUACAUGUCACAAGUGUGGCAAAUCCUUUCUUCAGCGUUCACGCCUUGUGACCCAUCAGGUAAUCCAUGCUGAACAGAAGCCUUACAAAUGUCAAGAAUGUGGCAAGGUCUUUAGUUGCAAUUCACACUUUAGACAACAUCAGAGAAUUCAUACUUGAGAGAAAUCUGACAAAUGGAAUGACUAUGGCAAACUCCUCAUCAUGCGUUCAAGCAUUAAUCUGCAUCAGAGUGUCCAUAGUAAGGAGAAACCUUACAAGUGUAGUGAGUGUGGCAAGGUCUUUACUCAAAGUUCACAGCUUGCAAUUCAUCAUAGAAUUCAUACCGGAGAAAAACCUUACAAGUGUAGUGAGUGUGGCAAGGUCUUUACUCAAAGUUCACAGCUUGCAAGUCAUCGUAGAAUUCAUACUGGAGAAAAACCUUACAAGUGUAGUGAGUGUGACAAAGCCUUUGGUGUGCAUUCAAGCCUAACUGCCCAUCAGGCAAUCCAUACUGGAGUGAAACCAUAUACAUGUCACAAGUGUGGCAAAUCCUUUCUUCAGCGUUCACGCCUUGUGACCCAUCAGGUAAUCCAUGAUGAACAGAAGCUUUACAAAUGUCAAGAAUGUGGCAAGGUCUUUAGUCGCAAUUCACACUUUAGACAACAUCAGAGAAUUCAUACUUGAGAGAAAUCUGACAAAUGGAAUGACUGUGGCAAACUCCUCAUCAUGGGUUCAAGCAUUAAUCUGCAUCAGAGUGUCCAUAGUAAGGAGAA